GUAAACAAUUCUCGGAAUAGAAAAAUCUGAAACACUGGGCCAGACAACAUGCAUCAAGUAUCUCAAACGGGGACUCCACUUCUCGCUUUCGUUCUCAUCCUGCUCCUCAAGUUGCCGUCCCCGAUCGCCAGUCUGGAUGACGCCUUUCACGACCAGUUGGUGACGUAUCUGAAUCCUGACGAACCGCACAUUCAGGAUGGCCAGACGCUGCUCAAGAUGCUGUACAUCCAAAACCGGGUGCAGGUCUACUGUCAGCGUCCCACAGCCCUGACCUUGUGGAACGUGUUCCAGAGCAACCGCUUGCGCCUGCAUAUCGCCGCUGGCGGAGAUUACAGUCAAUAUAAGGGGGCCACCGUGCGGGAAAUCUACGAGGCACAUCGCCAGCGGAAUGAGUGCUACGAAGGAAAGCCUCUGUGGAUUUUGGGAGAGGAGCAACGGAUUAUCUCGCUGCCCACCCACAGCCACGCCUGUUACGGCAUCUUCACGGACCAACCGUUCGCCCUCACGCUGGAAAUCGUCAGCUGCGACCUUGAGCGGGUCGCGCAGUUCACCUUCGGCCUCGUGCUGUGGCUAAGCUGUCCGCACCUGGCGGAUUCGCUGAUCUGCUUCUACUGCUCGGCUGCCGCCUUGGGCGCCCAUCUAGCGGGCGUAAUCGUGGUCUCCGCCGCCCUAAUGACAUCUGGCGGCGAGCGACCGCUGCGACUGAGGCCGCUCAAGGGAAGUUUUAAGCAGGUGCUCGAGGAGCGGCCUAUUGUGAUGGCCUUGGCGUUGCUGGGUGGUGCAUGGUCGCUCCAGUCCACAUGCCAGAAGUUCUGCUUUCUGUGGCGGCGUUCUAUCCUGCGGCGCCUGCACCGUCGCCUGUUGAGGAUCACCGCCUACUGGCUGAUCCUUACUGCCUCCGAUCACAGAGGCUUUGGAUGGACCAUCGUUUGGCUGCUGCUCCCCUGGCCGGAACUUUGGCGGCUGGUGCGCUGGCUGAGGUCCCAAUACGUGCGCCACAGGCGUCGGUUUGUGCCCCCGAAGGCUCGGGUCCUGCUCAGCGAGGAUGAGUUUCAAGCACAGUCGGCAUAUGAAACUCAUCGAGCUGUGGGGGACUUUCGCGACAUUUUGCGUCAGGAUCCGCCCACUUGGCAGCAAGUUUCACAGCUGCAGCAGCCGCAAAAUUUCGCCAGGUUUCUGAGUGGUGGCAGUCACUUGGGGAUCACUCGCUCUUCUCAUAACUCCUUUCCAUCACAAAAAAAUAUCAUUUUGAACACAACUAGCUCUGGUCCUGACUCAAUUUCAUCCCAAAGCUCGAAGCGAGAGCACUGUGAGUGUUGCUCCGUAUUAGAUACUCUCAGUCGACCCUCCACGUGGAACUGCCGUAACAGACGCCUUCGUUUGACGCCUAACAAAAGAGAGGAGGAUAUCGGUUGGCAUUCACCAUGCCCAGAAUCUUGUUGCUCCUCCACAAGUUCGGUAACCACCUUGUACCGCAACGAUCGUUACACAUAAAAUUGUAAAAAUCCAUUUUAACGCAAUCAUGAGGGAACAGGGCAAAGAACAAAUCGAAAAGUAAAGAUUGAGGUGGAGCAAUCGGAUCGAAAGCCAAGGGAAGCCAAGAUAAGCUGACCUAUUCAAGUUAAGGUGGUCGGUGGAUACCGACGAUUGUCAGUGGCAAGGCAAGUAACAAGUUUUACAAAAUAAUGAUGCUACAAAAACGCUUAUGAACGGGAAUCACCAACAGACUGGAACACAAAAAAAAAUCGUUUAUGAAGUUACUUAGUAUGUUUAUAAUUUUAAAAUUCUGAAUUAUAUGCUUAAUCCGUUCUUAUAAACACGCCAACAGACCAAAUUAGGCAAUACAAAAUA